AUGGGCAGUGAGCAGAUUGGGCAAAUAGGACAUCCCACUUCAGAGACUAUUUCUCCCACCAAUGCCCAUCCUCAACAAUUCCAGUUUACGUUGGAUAACACCAUCCUAAGCCUGGAGCAGAGACAAUUUUAUGAAGAAAAUGGUUUUCUUGUCAUUAAAAAUCUGGUAUCUGAUGAGGAUAUUCAGCGCUUCCGGGAUGAGUUUGAGAAAAUCUGUAGGAAGGAGGUGAAGCCGGAUGGAUUGGUGGUGAUGAAGGAUGUGUCCAUUUCCAAGCUGCAACUUGCUCCAAGUGAGAAGGUGGUCUCGAAGAUUCAGGACUUCCAGGAAGACCAGGAACUGUUCCGAUACUGCGAGCUUCCCCAGAUCCUGAAAUACGUGGAGUGUUUCGCUGGACCCAAUAUUAUGGCUAUGCACUCAAUGCUAAUAAACAAACCUCCUGAUUAUCAAUUCUGCAUCCUGAUUUCCAGAGAGAUGGAUUAA